AGUAUUGAUGAAAUUUUUCAAUAACGGUUUUCAUAAUAAUUUGCAAACAAAACGAAGAAGGAUGUUCACUUCGUUUACACUUAAAUUAGUUGCAAUUUCUUACGUGACACUAACAUUUAAUAUGCAAUUCGUGUUAGUUUUAUUUCAGAAUAACAAACAGAUGGACACACAUGUGAUUUUCGCAAUUGAAAAUAGAGGACCAAACAUGUGUAUUUGGGAAUGUACGCAUUAUAAAGGUUGUAGUGGUGUCAAUUACAGACGAGAUACACUGACUUGCCAAUUAUUGUCUUUAUCCUUACCAGGAGACCAACUAAAAUAUAGUGAAGGGUUUUCAUUCGCUGAUGUAAACAAUUAUACUUUGGAUGGAGAUAGUUGUUUGCCUACCAAUCCUUGUAAGGAGCGUGAAAAGUGUGUUCCAUUGGAUAUGAAUAGAUACGUUUGCCUAUCAUUUCGAGCACCAUGCGAUGAGCAGCCUUGUGCAAACGAAGGCAUUUGUCGUAACCAGGUGAACAGCUAUUUAUGUACGUGUCCGGAUGAAUGGACUGGUCCUCACUGUGACAUAAAUGUAUGUGAUGUUAAGAUGGACUGUUCAGAUCUCAAAAGCCCAAUCUGCAAAACGGGUAUAUACCAAAUCAAUAUGAACAGUACAUUUAAUGUACUCUGUGAAGUAAAUGAUAAUGGAGGCGGCUGGACAGUAUUCCAGAGAAGACUGAACGGCAAUGUUGAUUUUUACAGGGAUUGGAAUUCUUACAAACUAGGAUUUGGAAAUAUGAGUGACGAAUUCUGGCUAGGUAAUACAUACUUACAUCUAUUAACAAACCAAGGCACCUUUACUCUCAGAAUCGAAUUAGAGGAUUUUGACGGAGAUCAUCGUUACGCUGAAUACACCCAUUUCUCCAUAAGCGAUGAAAGUUCUGGAUUCAAGCUGCAAUACAGUGACUAUACAGGAGAUGCAGGAGAUGCGCUUGCGCAUCAUAAUGGACAGAUGUUUUCAACUAAAGAUAAAAACAAAAUGACAUGUUCAAAGGACUAUAAAGGAGCAUGGUGGUACAAUGCUUGUCACAAUAGCAACCUGAAUGGUCAGUAUUUGAGCGGAACGCAUGCGUCAUUUGCUGAUGGUGUUAAUUGGAAGCAAUGGAGAGGACAUCGCUACUCUCUUAAGUCGACAAGAAUGAUGUUCCGUAGAACAUAGAAAUCAUUUAUGCGUAACGUACAAUACAGAACAUUGUAUAUCGACAAGAAUGAUGUUCCAUAGAGCAUAGAAAUCAUUCAUGAGUAACUCACAGUACAGAACAUUACAUAGGUCACAACCGCUGCUCAAUCUUAAAAUGACACUCAAUAACAACAAAAAAUCAUUUGAAAAAACAGUUCGACUCUGCUAUUUACCAGUGGAUUUCUGUUCUAUUCAAAUAAUCAAAAUACUAUAUUUUUGUUGACAUGAGUGAACUAUUCAAAAAAUAGUAUGUUACCAAUUUUACAUUUUGUCAAAUAUACAUUGAUUAAAAGAAAAUGAGGAACUUUUAUAACAGGUCAGUAUGAUACACAGUUUUAAUGGACUCUUGAAAUCUCCUUCCUCAUUUUACAUGUUUUACAUGAUUGAAUCAUAACU